AUUGACCCAGAAUAUAUUAAAGCACCAAGAAUACUCAAAAACAUCAGAAGGCACUCUCUCUCUCUCUCUCUCACACACACACACACACAGUUUGUGACACUCUUUUUUUGAUUUUCCUGAGUUUCUUCACGUUUGGGGUCUCUGUUUUCUGGGUGUAGCUUAGAUAGAGACAGAACAUGGAUUGCUUUUGUUGCCCAAAAACUAAAGACUAUAGUCACACCCAGAACCCCACCAAUCUCACUGCUCCAGAUAAGGCUAAAGUUGAUUUCAAAGUGAAUGGGAAAAAAGAAGAUGAUUCUAAGGGUGAUCAACUUGCUCAGGACGUGAAGAAUUCAAAUUUGAAUGAGGAGGUUUCUGAGGAUAGAACAGAUAAUGGUAACCGGGCACAGACAUUCAGUUUUAAUGAACUUGCAGAAGCAACAGGAAAUUUUAGGUUGGAUUGCUUUUUGGGGGAAGGAGGUUUUGGCAAGGUUUACAAGGGUCACUUGGAGAGAGUAAACCAGGUUGUAGCUAUAAAGCAACUCGACCCUAAUGGAGUUCAAGGAAUUCGGGAAUUUGCUGUUGAAGUGUUGACAUUGAGUUUGGCAGACCACCCUAAUCUUGUCAAAUUGAUUGGAUUUUGUGCUGAGGGAGAGCAGAGGCUAUUGGUUUAUGAGUACAUGCCACUGGGAUCUUUGGAGAACCACCUGCUUGAUCUUCCGCCUGGUAGAAAACCACUUGAUUGGAAUACAAGAAUGAAAAUAGCAGCUGGUGCAGCUAAGGGUUUGGAGUAUCUGCAUGAUAAAAUGAAGCCUCCUGUAAUAUACCGUGACUUGAAAUGCUCUAACAUUUUGUUAGGCGAGGGAUAUUAUCCCAAGUUAUCUGAUUUUGGCUUGGCAAGAGUAGGCCCAAGUGGUGAUAAGACCCAUGUUUCAACAAGGGUUAUGGGAACAUAUGGGUACUGCGCCCCAGAUUAUGCAAUGACGGGUCAGUUGACAUUCAAGUCUGAUAUUUACAGCUUUGGGGUUGUUCUUUUGGAGCUCAUCACUGGAAGAAAAGCUAUUGACCAUACAAAAUCUGGCAAAGAACAAAAUCUAGUUGCAUGGGCAAGACCGUUAUUCAGAGACAGGAGAAAAUUCUCACAAAUGGUUGACCCAUUGCUUGAAGGUCAAUAUCCGGUGAGAGGUUUAUACCAAGCUCUUGCUAUUGCUGCAAUGUGUGUUCAAGAGCAGCCUAAUAUGCGGCCUGUUAUAGUUGAUGUGGUAACUGCUCUAAAUUACCUUGCUUCUCAGAAGUAUGAUCCCCAAGUUCAUCCAGUACAAAGCUCUAGAAAAAGUCCACCUUCUCCCAGAGUGAAAAGAGAUGAUGAUCAUAGACAUAUUUUUAGUAAUGAGCAUGAGACAGAUAGAUCUGUAAACUAGCAAAGUAGAAUGUUACUUUUAGUGAUGUUCUUGUGUAAUGUGCCUAGUUAUCAAAUUUUGUUUCAUAGGAGAUAACAGGUGCUUUUUCAAAUGCAAGUGGUUUCACAUUAAGGAAAAUUUCAUACUACUUUUGGUAUCCCAAUUGGUGUACAUGUGAGCUACCUUUUUAUGUUUUUUAAGAUGCCUCUUUGUAGGAUCUCUUUUACCAUUGGUUAGAAU